UUAGCACAGCGUUUGAAUUCAGUUCACAUGAUUCGUGUUUACAAUGGAAUUAAUUCGAACAAUAAAUGUUUCUUUAAUAUUGCUCCAAUCUCUUUAAACGUAGUAUCGGAUUCUGAGUGUGUGUGUAGUGCCUGGAUCAAUUGCGUGUGACUUGAAGAAAAUCCAAAGUUUGUGCAAUGUGUCAACACGAAUUUGUGAUCUCCAGCAGUCGAAUUUUGGUGGCGUCUACCGGGGUAUAAAUGGUCAAUGAGGGCACAGGAAACACCUCACUGCCUACGACAGAGAGCCAUAAUAGGCCUGGCCACGGGGCUCGCCUUCUCCAUGUGGGUCGGCUUCGGCGUCCCCCGGCCAGACGCAGUAAGGCUGCCCACCAGGAGGGACGGCUGCGACUUCAACAUUACGGCCACACCGCCGCCACCCACCCAGGACUCCAGCGAGUACUUCUACCUGUACCGCGUGUCGUACCUGUGGGUCGUCGUGCUGGGAUUCCUGCUGACACUCGUCGUGGGCGCCGUCGUGUCGUGGGUGGCGGGCGUCACCUGCAAGGGGGACCGCAGCGUGCCGCCGCCAGACCCCGACCUCUUCGUGCCGCCAGUCCGGAGGGCGCUGCUCGCGAGGAGAGGGCACAGGGUGAGUGGCAGUGGUAACAGUGGCAGCACUGUCUCCAGCUGA